GCCAGGCCCGGAUGCGGGACGCCGCCGCCCGUAUCCAAGAUGGCGGCCGCGGGUGGGCGUGGCCAGUGAUGGAGUCUCCGGGUGUGCGGGCCGUGGAGGCGGCAAUGGAUCCCAGCUGGGAGGAUGAAGAGGAGGAGGACGAAGAGGAGACGGAGGAGGAGCAGUUUGUUCUGGUAGAACUGUCAGGCAUAAUUGAUUCAGACUUUCUCUCCAAGUGUGAAAAUAAAUGCAAGAUUUUGGGAAUUGACACCGAGAGGCCCAUCCUGCAGGUGGAUAGCUAUGUGUUUGCUGGGGAAUAUGAAGAUACUCUUGGGACCUGUGUUAUAUUCGAAGAAGGUAUUGAACGUGUGGAUCCGGAAGGGACUGAUAAGACCGUGCUGAAAUACAAGUGCCACACAAUGAAGAAGCUCAGCAUGACCAGGACUCUUCUGACAGAAAAGAAGGAAGGAGAAGAAAACAUAGAUGGUGUAGAAUGGCUGCAGAUGAAGGAUAAUGAUUUCUCCUAUAGACCCAACAUGAUUUGCAGCUUUCUACAGGAAAAUGAAGAUGAAGCUGGAGUGUCAGCCUCUGAUAAACCUGUGGAGUUGGAGGACCAAGAGAUGGCAGGGAAAGGCAGUGCAGAGCAGACACACGAGCAGGAGAAAGCACAGCACUUGGAAGCGGGGGACCCUGGUCUUCCUGGGGAUACCCCUUCUACAAUGCAAAGUUCUGCUUUCAUGGGAACUCAGGGUGGAAAUGUUUCUCAGAAGAACCAGCCAUGAACUUUUAAAAAAGAAGUCAUGUAUGCAAUUGGCUUACAGUUGGAUCACCAUUUUGUUGUUCUUGUUGACAGUACCCAUAUUUCCAGCUACUACACAAAUCGUGCAGGACCAGAUAAGAGUUCAGUUUUUAAAAAUAUAAUGAGAGAUAGCACCAUCGUUAAGAACACUGGCUGCUCUUCCCGAGGACCAGGGUUUGACUCCCAGUGCAUAUGCGGCAGUUCAGAGCCGUCUGUGGCUUCAGUUCUCAGAUCUGAUGCCUGCUUCCGGCCCCUUAGGCUCCAGGUUCUCUCUGUCUACCUUUCUGUGGGUUCUGGGAAUCACAGCCGGGUCAUGAAACUUACACAACAAAAGCUUUACCAGCUGCCCCAUCCCACAGCCCUCUCUCCACAUAAAAAUCUGAUUUUCAGCCCUCAGUUGUUGGUUUUUUUUUUUUUUUUUGCCUCUUCAUACUCAAUACCUCACUAUUUCUGUUCAAUGGUUGGUCCCAAGUAUGUAGCUGUUAAAUAUUUCGGUCUUUUACCAAUUUCUAUGUAUUUUUCAUUUAUAACUUGUAACUCCAGAGAAGGAACGAAAUUAGACUAGGAUUCAAAGAACUAAUAUUGUAAAUACUUUUAUCUAUAGGAUCAACUGACACCCAGUGUAGGUUCAGGUCAGAUAAAAAUUAUCUGUGAUAAUGUGUUUAAUGAUGAAUUGGAUUCUUUAAAUAGCAAUAGGCCUUGAUCUUUAUAUGGAAGAAGAGACUGUGGCUCAAUGCUACAAUCAAGUUCUCUAGACCCAAUUAUAUUCAGAUCAUAAUAGCAUCCUCUUUCAUAAACAAUAUUGUGUUUCCAAACAAUAUUGUCUCUCCAAAUUGCUACAUGCCAUAUGCCAACACAGAAUGCCACAAAAAAUCCCCUAUAGAAAUUCUUAUUUAUACCAGGCAGUGGUGGAGCAUACCUUUGAUUCUACAGAGGCAGGUGGAUCUAUUGAGUUCAAGACCAGCCGGGUCUAUAGGGUAAAUUCUAGGACAGCCAGCUCUACACAGAGAACCCUGUCAAGAAAAAAAAAUAAGAAACCAAAACAACAUUUAUGUAUAUGUGUGAGUGUAUAUGUGUGCUCACCACGAACUGACCUGGUGCUGGAGGACGCCAGAAGAGCACUUUGGGUCUCUUAGAACUGGAGUUAGAGAGGGUCGUGAGCCAUUUGAAUGCUGGGAAUUGAAGUCCAGUCCUCUCCAAGAACAGUAAGUCCUCUAAUUGCUGAACCAUCACUCUUGUCAUUCUCCCCCAAUCCCACCCUCCUUUUUCCUGAGAUGUAGUUUUGCUGUGUAACCCAGACUAGCCUUAAAUUCUCCAUCCUUCUGAUGGUAGCAAGUGUUCUUGUAUUUUAAAGUAAUCUUGUACAAGGGAGCUAUGAGGGGCAGAAACAAGUCAGAUGAUUGGAUUCUGAAAACCGAGGCUGCCCUGCACUACUACAAGUUAGAGGGUAAUAAAACUUCUUUGGAAACAA